CAUGCUUUACGGCAUCUACAACGCUUUGCGACACUUGUCAGCCUGAUUGUUAUGACACUCACCGAUUUCCACUAACGUAGUAAUGCUGUACUUUUGUGUCCAACAAGUCUAAAUGAGUGUAUUUGACUUAUUUCGUGGCUUCUUUGGGGUUCCUGGCGGCCAUUAUCGUGGACGCAGGGACCCCUUCUUUGACUCCAUGACCCGUGAUGAAGACGACGAUGAGGAUGAUUAUGAAGACAGUUUUUAUUUUGAUGGCUUCCGCGGGGAUCAGCAGGACCCAUUUGACAGCGCCUGGAGGUUUGGCUUCAGCUUGGGCCCAGACGGGAUGCAAAUCCAGGAGCCUCCGAUGUUUGGACAUGUCCUCAGGGAGAUGGAGGAGAUGUUUUCCCAGCUGGGGCGCUGGGAGUCGAUGCCAGAUUCCGGUAUUCCCAGCAUUACUCCACCACCACAGCGGGACAGACCAGAAAAGGGAAGAAGCGGGAACCCCCUCCGAGACUUCAUGCUGAAAUCCCCCAACAGUGAUGCACGAGGGACCCGCCAAGAUUCAUCACCUUUUCACGAGUCACCCCAAUUCCCAACCUCGCCGUUUCAUGGCAGGACACCUUUUUCAAAAUUCAAUGAUGUUUGGGGUCAAAGGCCACAGAAUGUUCCAGAAGACCAGCGCAGAGAAGACAGAGAUCUGGACUCUGCUGUUUCUUCUGGUGGUUUGGAUCAGAUUCUGGCUCCCCCUGCUGACCGGAUGCCGAGCCUACCACGGAGCAGAUCGUUUUUCCAGUCUGUUACUGUCACAAAGGUGAUGAAGCCUGACGGGUCAGUCGAAGAGCGUCGCACCAUUAGAGACGGCCAAGGUAAUGAGGAGACCACUGUCACUCGCUCAGGAGGCCCAACGAAUCAGGACGGACCAGACCAUCAAACUGGACCAGCCCUGCCUGGUGCCCAGAGCCCAUUCUCAGACAUGCGCGAUGACAGCUUCUUCUCCAAGUUCUUUGGAGGCUCGAAGUGAUGUAGUAGCCAUAUUUAAUGUAUAUCUAUAUGACGGAAAGAGAGAUAAAGAUAAUAACAUUGAAGCGUCCACAAUGAUGACGUAUUUAUUUUUGUAUGGUCCCAUAGACGUAUGGAUGGAUGAGAGUGUUGUUGAAGAAUGAAAAUAAAGCAUUUUAAUAUUUA